AGAGCUUCCAAAUGCGGAAAGACCUCGGAAAGGGUCUUUUUCGCUGUCCGAGGGCAGAGGGAGUGCUGAUAUAUUUUAAACAAUAACGGCUAGUGUUAUUGCUUUUUUACAGCGUAUUUCUGGACGUGACCCCGUUUGACGACGAGCCCAAAGCGAACGACUUUUUGCUUUUCUCCAUGCACCAUUUUCUGCAGUAGGAUUCUAGAACACGGGGGGAGGCCUGCUGUCGUUGCCCCUGGUGAUGUGAGAGUGUUCCGCUGUCAAGCUGCGAGGAAAGCAGAGAGACGUUCGUGACGAGGUGACAAGUAAAGCAUGGGAUUGGCCUCUGGAGCCAGGAACCACAACCCACUUCCCAACGCACCCAGGGGUCCGAUACCAUCCUAGCCCAAGACCUGCUGUCUGAGGCUACAGUGAGCAGAAAGGGGAGCGAAGGCCGUCCCCAGUGAGCCCUGAGCUUCAUGCACCGUGGAGAACCUGCCUCAAAGGUGGUGAUGUCUGAGGAAGCUGAGCUGAGGGGGUGCAAUGAGGCCUUUGAGUCAGAAGAGGGCGACGUGGACCCGUUCCUGGAGGACGAGGAGGGCGAGGAUGAGGAGGAGACGGAGAGCAGCCGCGAGCUGAUGGAGAGGCUCCGGGAACUGGAGGCGGAGAAUUCGGCGCUGGCUUUGGCGAACGAGAGUCAGAGAGAGGCGUACGAGAGGUGUCUAGACGAGGUUGCCAAUCAUGUGGUACAGGCUCUACUCAAUCAAAAGGACCUGAGGGAGGAAUGCAUUAAGCUGAAGAUGCGCGUGUUUGAUCUGGAGAGGCAAAAUCGGACCUUGACGGAGCUCUUCACACAAAAACUCCACACACACCCCAAUCCCCUUCAACAGUUGCCAUCGGUGACUCUUCCAGAGCACAAUUUGGACGCCGCGGCAACCAGCACAGAGAAGCUAGCAUCACACUGCCAGGGGGACGCCAAGAACAAUGGUGACUGCACACAGAACGGCGCCCCAAGCCAAGCCCGAGGUCCCUCCACCUCCAUGGACGCCCUGUCUCCGUUCUUCAAGAAGAAAGCACACAUCCUGGAAGUCCUGCGCAAGCUGGAAGAGUCCGACCCGCUCAAGUUCCACCCCUCAUCCUGCCUCUCGCCCUACCACCACGACAUGGGUCAGGCGCUGUUCUCCGGGGGCGCCGACCUCCCGGGCACCUCCAUGUCAUCCUCCCGCUCGCCCCACUGCAGGCAUUCCAGCUCCGACUCGGACAUCCACGAGUACGCCAGCGUGGACGGGUCUUUGCACGGCGGGUGCCCGUCCUGCCGCCUGUUCAGCCAAAAGAGCAGCCUGGACAGCCUGUUGAAGGUCACUCCAGGCACCGGCGCUUUGCACGGAGCUUCAUUCGCAGCCGCUUCUGCCUCUGCCUCCGCCAUCAUGCCGGUUCGAGAAGAGGGUGUCGGGCAGGUUUGGGUGGAGAGUCGCCAGCAAGCAGGUGCUCCAGGUGACCCACACGUCGGCAUACCCUCCCUGGAGAGCACAAGCCAUCCAUACACGCGGACGGAGCAGAGCAGAGGAGCACUUGGGUCGGAGUCGGAGGCGUCUGACAGAAGCCAGGAGGCAGGCGACGAAGGCAGGAGUCUGCAGCAGCAGCAUCAUAAGGACAAAGCGGUGGACAAGCUGUCGCUGCGGAAAUCCCUGUCCAGGGGCUCGGACUCUAGCACUCUCCAAGGAGAUGAAGGAAAACACAUCGAUGCGCCACCAUCCCAAAGCCAGGUGGUGGUGGUGGAGGACACUGACGCUAUUGUGAAGGACGAAGAAUGUGAGGACAGCGAUAAAGUCUGCAACGGAGUGUACUUCUCCUCGAACGAGACAUCGGUGUCUAAGAAAGUGGCAGUGGAGUGCUAUUCCCCUGCUCCGGUGCCAGAGAGAUCAUCAUCAUCAACAUCUCAGCAGCAGCAACAGCAGCAACCCUCUGGGAAAAGCAAAUUUGCACUCAGCCCCACCUCCCCGACCUCGUGCCUGGGCGAGGCCAAGGCCGCCCCGAUUUCGUCCCCGUCGCGGCUGCUCAAGUUCCUCAAGAUCCCCGCCAUUGGGGAGAGGCCUCAGACUGCUCAAGCCUUGCGCCUCAGCCCCCAGCUCACACGUAGCUCCAAGAUCCCCUGCAGGAACAACAACUACGAGGUCUACCACUCGCCCGUGCUGGCGCGCAAAGCCACCACCACGGAGCGGGAAAAAGUGUCCUCAUCCACGUCCUCGUCCUCCUCCCCUAAAACGGACUCGUACCCCAGCACGCACUCUGCACCCACGUCACCCCCGAAGCCCGACGAAAACCUCUGUCCCCCUGUCCCUUCCGUGAAGGAGGUCAGCUACAGUAGCCAUUCAGCACCUAAAGCUGGCCGAACCCCCAAAGGCGGGGCUCCCCAGCAGCCGUCAUCUCAGUCACAGAGGAACUCCCAGAAGGUACCUCACUACGAGAAUGUGUCGGAGCUUGCUGCCGCUUCAAACAGCAUGGCGCAGUAUAGUAGCCCGUAUUCUCAAAGAGAUGGAGGGACUGUAGAGAAACAGCAGGCGAACACGCCCGAUGACAAGCUGCUCAGUCCUGCUUCCAAGAAUUCUGACUCGUCUCCGGCAACUGGCGACUCGGAAUCCUCCAGCGAGGAGGAGGAGGAGGAGGAGGAGACGGACACGGAGAGCCCAGUGUGGCAGAAACCUCAUCAACACUUCAGCCUUCCCUCCUCGUCAUCGUCCCCGUCUAGCAAGGCCCAGCGAGUCUCGGCUUACUCCAGCAUGAAGGACAGGCCGCAGGAGAGGGUGGCCCCUGAAGUCGUGCAGCCGCAAAUCGUCGAGGUCGUGCAGUCAGCACAGCCGGCUGCCUCCAGGAAAGGAGACCAGCCCCCAUCACUGCCCAAAAGGACGGUCUCUGCCAAACCCCAAAACGAGGCCGGCCAUCACCCUUUCAAAGAGCGGCUAGCCGCCCUCGGGAAGCUGAAGAGCAACGAGGAUUUGCACCAGCAGUCGCCCGCGGAUAAGAAGGAAGCACAGUGCAUCGUAGGUAGAGGGCCGGCGCCUUCUGUCCCUGAGCGAAGCAAAACUGCAGAGCGACAAGGCAAUGUGGUUGAACACAGGCAUACAAAGUACACUGACUCUCUGGACGGAAAGCCGUACCCCAAGACUAGCCUAGCUGGCUACACAAAGUAUCCUAGCACAUGUCACGAAUUAAACCCCAAGUCAGCAGCAGCAGUAGCAGCAGCCGCAGGCGCCAGUAAAGGUGAGCUGGAGAGCUUCUCCCCAAGGGUGUAUGUUGCCAAAUCCGAAGGUCCAAAAAUAAAAAUGGGAAUGUCAUCCUCGACAGAGCCCCCGGUUGUGAUGCGUAGCUACGGGAAAUGCCAGGUUCCACCGAGCCACCACAGCAAGACCUCCCCAAGUCCCCAGAGCAGUCCGACCAAGGUCCCCUCCAAGUCGCCCUCGAAAGCUGGCCAGGCGGCCUCCUACCCCAGGGGCAUGAAGCCUGCCCACGAUGACCCACGCAGCCAAGCCGCCCAGAAACACCCCGCCCGGCCCGGCGAUGACAAGUCCAAGCUGACCGCCGGCAAAAAGAAGUUCAUCCACGCCGAGAGCUUCCCCCCUCCGCCUCCUCCCAGGCCUCAGGUGGACACCUCCGCAAGCACCCAAUCGCUGGAGGAGAAGAAGCCCCUGGCCUCCUCGGCCUCCAGCGGCCCGCAGUCAGCCAUCGAGCAGAAGGUGAUGCGCGGCAUCGAGGAGAACAUGCUGAAGCUCCAGGAGCAGGACCGCAGCCAGGCGGUGGAGACCAAGCAGAAAACCUCCAACGGCAUCGCCAGCUGGUUCGGCCUGAAGAAGAGCAAGCUGCCGGCGCUCAGCCGCAAGCCCGAGAUGUCCAAGCUCCGCCUCAACAUGUCCUCAUCAUCGUCGUCAUCCUCACCUUCGUCGUCCGGAGCCAACAAGGACUCCAAGGGAGGCCCCAGGAAGGUGGUGGAGAGCCUGAACAUCUCCAAGCUGAUGGAGAAGGCGGAGGACCUGAGGAAAGCGCUGGAGGAGGAGAGGGCGUAUGUCAAUGGGGUGGGCGUCGGUGUCCCCCUGGACCGAUCCGGGAGGGGACACUCGUGCGAGGUGGUGAUGGAUCCUGCUCAGGGGCAGCUAUCUCUCAUGUACCGUGGCGUGACCGCAGACAACUUCAUGCAGCAGUUGUUGAACAGGGUGGAUGACAAGGGAGCAGCCAGUUUUGGCAUGGCACACAGACGUCUCUCUUUCGACUCCAAAAGAUCCCAACCGUCUUUCCUCCACCAGAGAAAUGGCAUGAGCCACACAAAAAGCAGAGACGAGAUGGAUAAGGGGCCUGACAUGGUGGGUCGGGAUGAGGUGAUAUCCGACGAGAACUUGGCCGAGUCCAUGGGCUCUCAGCACUUCACAGGUUCAGGAGCCUCCAUGCGUACUCUGGACAGCGGCAUCGGCACAUUCCCCCUGCCUGACUACGCCAGCGGUGCAGCAGGCAAAAGCAUCCCCAAGACCAAGGUCCACGGAGAGCAGGGUUUCUCCGGUUCCCAAGGGAAACACGGCGCCCUGAUGAAGGUUCCGCGUAAGGCCCGUACCCUGGAAAGGGAGCUGUCAUCCCUGGAGGAGGUCAACCCGUCUUCACUGUACGGAGGAUCCAUGGAGGGCAAAGGGCCCAGCAUGCAUCUCUCCAGCACCAUCCAUGAAGACAUUGAUGCCUACGGUGCACACAUGCAAACUCCACCAUCCAAGAACUGGACCUUCCCCAACCUGAAGGGUUCGGCCGGCACCCCCGCCGAUGUGUAUCUGGGCGUCCAAGGAGAGCUGGAGCCAUCUGGCCAAGGAACGCCGUCCAGAAGGAAGCAGGGUGGUGUCCCCCAGGCGCCCCGUGAGGUGGACCCCAGCAGCCUGCCUCUGGCGCCCCAGAUGGGGCUGAGCCGGCGGGGGAAGAGUCGCAUCCCCGGGGGCCCCGAGGUGGGGAAGGAGGGCGGUGGCCUGGAGCUGGUCAAGGAGCGUCCGGACGACAUCCUGUCCCCGAGCCGGCCGCAGGCGCUGGAGACCCCCGAGUCCCUGAGCGACUCGCUCUACGACAGCCUCUCGUCCUGCGGCAGCCAGGGCUGAGGACCCAGAUCCCCCCCACCCCACCCCACCCCACUACCACCACAACAACCACCAACAACACCAUCACUACCGUGCACCCUGCUCCUCUGGUCUUAUUUUGGCUGUUCCCAGAUCAGAUCUCAUCCAGUUGAGGGAGUUGUGAGGUGGGGAAGGCGCUGGUAGUACGUAGAUGGGAGAGGACAGAGAGGGAGGGGACAGAACAUCAAAGAAUCUUUAUCUCUAUGGUCCGUGCCACAGAUGAGAAAAAGAACACGGAUUUGACCAAACUAAGGCUGGGACAUACUGGGACACGCAUCACAGGCAACCCUCUCAUGUUGAGCUUGGUAGCAUUCACAAGGAGGCAGACGUCCAGAGUUCAGAGCGGAGCUCAUUCAGAUUGUAUCGGAGCUCCCCAUACACUGCACCAUACCACACACGGCUUGACCGGCCAAAAGACAUUACAUUACAGUACCUCUUGCAUCUUGUAGUAAUAAUCUGCAGUGUUCACCUCAACAACCUCAUCUCUCUCUCUCUCUCUCUCUCUCUCUCUCUCUCUCUCUCUCUCUCUCUCUC